UAGAGCUUUCACUUAAACGUUCGACGAUAGCAUCUUCAGAAAAGUGGUGUGGAAGGAGGCAUAGGAGAGGCUCGAUGGCUCGCUUUGGCUGGAUCAUGGAUCCGUUGCAAUUUCUGGCGUCGUGGGACCCCCUCGACUCCAAUAAUGCCAGGGGGCACACCUGGGACGCCAUCUUCUAAAACCAAGGACAAGAUAAUGAUGAGAACGAAGGUCGUGGUAGCUCUGUACCCUUUUCGAGCGAUCGAGGGUGGCGAUUUGUCCCUCGAAAAGGGUGCAGAGUACGAGGUGCUGGAUGACUCUCAGGAACAUUGGUGGAAAGUCAAAGAUGAACACGGAUCCAUCGGUUACAUUCCUAGCAACUACGUGAAGGAAAAGGAACUCCUGGGUCUUCAGAAAUAUGAGUGGUACGUGGGUGAUAUGUCCAGACAACGUGCAGAAUCAUUGCUCAAACAGGAGGAUAAGGAAGGUUGCUUCGUCGUACGUAAUUCGUCUACCAAAGGGCUGUACACGCUUUCUCUCUACACUAAAGUCCCACAUCCUCACGUAAAGCACUAUCACAUCAAACAAAACACUAGAGGAGAGUUUUAUCUGUCCGAAAAACAUUGCUGUGGCUCAAUACCAGACUUGGUUAACUAUCACAGGCACAAUAGCGGUGGACUAGCCAGCAGACUGAAAACCAGUCCUUGUGAUCGCCCUGUGCCACCAACUGCUGGCCUCAGUCAUGAUAAGUGGGAGAUUGAUCCAGCAGAAUUGCACUUGUUGGAAGAACUUGGCUCUGGACAAUUUGGCGUAGUGCGAAGAGGAAAAUGGCGCGGUUCUAUAGAUGUUGCAGUAAAAAUGAUGAAGGAAGGCACGAUGUCUGAAGAUGAUUUUAUAGAGGAAGCUAAAGUGAUGACGAAACUUCAACAUCAGAAUUUGGUCCAACUAUAUGGCGUUUGCAGUAAGGACAGACCAAUAUAUAUUGUCACUGAAUACAUGCGACAUGGAUCUCUGCUCAACUACCUCCGUCGUCAUGAAGCAACUCUAGGAGUAAAUGUUGGUCUCCUUUUAGACAUGUGCAUACAGGUUUGCAAAGGCAUGGCUUAUUUAGAAAGGCAUAACUACAUUCAUAGAGAUCUUGCUGCACGCAAUUGUUUAGUGGGCUCAGAAAAUGUGGUAAAAGUUGCAGAUUUUGGAUUAGCAAGGUAUGUACUGGAUGACCAGUAUACUAGUAGCGGAGGCACCAAAUUUCCAAUCAAAUGGGCGCCCCCAGAAGUGCUGAACUACACUCGCUUCAGCUCAAAAUCAGACGUCUGGGCCUAUGGAGUGCUUAUGUGGGAAGUAUUCACAUGCGGAAAGAUGCCUUAUGGUCGCCUAAAAAACACCGAAGUUGUGGAAAGAGUGCAACGCGGAAUCAUAUUGGAAAGACCUAAAGCCUGCUUCAAAGAAGUCUACGAGGUAAUGCGAAAAUGCUGGGCCCAUUGCCCGGAAGUACGACCCUCCUUCCGCGUACUGAAGGAGCAGCUAAUCAGUGUGUCUCAAGGUCUGCUCAAUGAUUGACUCAACCUUCUACGGUGUAUGCGCCUAUCGUCGCCUUCGAGCCGGUCAAUACAGGCGGCAAAAUCUCCAUCGCUCGAGCGAUCGCCCUCAAUACUACCAUCGUCUAACUCGUCAUCGUCGUACAACUCAGCAACAUUACCGUCAUCACGUAAAACACGUGCACCCGCCACUCUACCACCCUCGGUUGAUUUUCUACAUCUCUCGUCAUCCACGUGUAAAUUAAAGAAAGAAGGGUCAUCCUCACCAAGUACACCCGGCCACCAACCUAGUCAACCAUCAUCAAGCUCGUCGAACGUCUGUGACAUUUGCAGUUCCUACGGACACCCGUGGAUUGAAAUUUGCAAGGCGAUACGAGCCACUAAAGGCAAAUAAAAGUUGUGUGUGUGUCCCGAAAGUAUGUGUGUCGAUUUCAACGAUUGUAUUAACGCAGCUUACAAAACAACAGAAAAGAAACGAGAAAAGCAAACAAAAAAAAAAAAAAA